ACCAAGAUGGAGAAGAAGAGCUCUCAGUGAUGGCGAUUUGGGUGGAAUCUCGGGCUUUGAAGACUUAAAACUUGUUAAAAGUGACCGUGGAUUGUUGAACCCUUGUAUCGAGUAGUGUAUAUUAUUAUAUUACAGAGCGCACGGACCUCGUCAUAAUAAAAUAUCUCCUGUUUCUCCAACCACAACUGCCAUGUUCAAGCUACGACCAUUAGGGUCGGCAAGACGUCCGUUGUCUUCUACUGCAACUUCUUCGAAUAAUUGGCGAACGCAGUCGCGUCAACGUCUGGCUGUCACUUCUGCGGUAGUGGCAGUCUCAGUGCUUGCAUAUUCCGGUCUGAAGCACACGGUCAUUAAAAAUGAUUCGCUACCUCCUGCCUCCUUUAAACAUGAAUACAGUACAGAACAGCCAAAAGGACCGCGUCCAAACUCGGAUGACACGCUUAACACUCUGGUAUGGGGCUCAAAUAGCUCUCAGAAAUUGCUACCAGAUAACUCUAAAUCGGAAUUUAUACAGUCACCCACUACAGCAAAAUGGCUAGACAACGUCGCACUCCGGGAUCUUGCGCUACAUAAAGAGUAUGCAGCUUGCGUGGAUGCUAGAGGGGAUGUGUACCAGUGGGGUCAGGGCGGUCAACCUUCUCCGGUGUUAAAGGGUCAAAACAUUGUACAACUUCAAUCAACGGAUGCAAGAAUCUACGCGCUUUCCAGUUCUGGCAAGAUCUAUACCCUAGAAGUAGACCCGAUGCGACGGUCCGAACAAGACUCGAUUGCACGGUCUUGGUGGAAAAUUGGGUGGAUAUGGGGCGGAGAAAUUAUCGGUGCUUUCCAAGAGGUUGUGCCGAGGACUGAGCUGUCGUGGGGCGAAAGGUUCAUCUCUAUAUCUGCCGGAAAUGACCACCUCCUUGGACUCACUUCCUCCGGAAGGGCUUUCGCCCAUCCAAUCACUAACAGUGCAAAUGCUUACGGUCAGUUAGGAUUUAGGAAAUAUGACAUGUUUUCUCCGGAUUCUAAGGAACGUAUUCCGGUUGAGCUUGUGCCGAGAUCAGUAGCGGAUCCGUAUGCCAAAGCUUCCCCGUUCAAGCGACGAGACUCCCAAUCUGGAGUAACUAGUGAGAAGACCAAUACCGCCGUGACCUUCCCGUUCUGCCCUAGUAUCUUCGAAAUUCCAUCUCUCCAAGGCAUCAAAGUGUCGCAAUUGGUUGCUGGGGGCCGAUCCAGCUUUGCCCUAACUGCGACCGGUCGAGUGUUAGGCUGGGGUGCAAACGAAUAUGGUCAGAUUGGCUUAGGGGACAAUGUCACCCUGGACACAAUCACAGUUCCUACCGAAGUCAUACUAUGGCGUAUGGCUCAGGGAACGCAAACCAAAUGCGUGAAUGUCACCGCAGGUGGAGACUUGACGUGUUUCACCGUUGAAAGAACGACUCAGCCAGACACUCCUCGUUCUUCAAGUACAGUGGAACUUUUACUAUCUGGAAACGGGCAAUAUGGAUCCUUAGGCAAUAAUUUGUAUACGAAUGCUCAAGGAAGCCCUACUCGUGCUCGGAACGUCAGUAAUCUCACUCAAUACGAUGACGCUACCAAAAGUCUACAACCAAUCACUCCUUAUUCAAUUUCUGUUUCUCCCACAGGACAUGUACUGUUGACCUUGAAUAGCAAUCUGGGACGAGACUUGCUUGCCUGGGGAAAGAAUUACAACUAUGAACUAGGCAACGGCAAAAGAUCUGGUCUGGCAGUGCCAACGACACUGAAUGAUGCUGAUGGAGACAGAUUCUUGUUGAGACGGAAGAAGGCCAAAGAAGUUUUAGAUCUCCAGGGACAUGUCUGGAAACGGGAUGUCGAGGUUGAGCAAAAAGCAGUCGCUGGAUAUAACAGCAGUGCCGUGUUUUGGAAGGUUUCCACGUAGAACCACGUUGGUAAAGUCUAGGUAAAGUAGUGGAGAAUAGAGGGGAGUCGAAGAUUUCAAGCGCUGUCGCGAGACGUCCCAAGUGGAGACAACAUGAUUAGAUGAUGGGUGAUUUGACAUUCCGCAAGGCAGCAACGAGGCCCGGAACCA